AUGGAGUCCACCGUCGACCUCGUCCCGCCAGCUGCCAGUCAAAUGAGCGAAAACCCUGUCACCAGCGCCUGCACCAAGUUCGUGCAUAGCAGUAUGAACAAACCUGGCUGCCCCAUACAUGCGUGCAAGUGGACACCGGAGGGGAAGCGACUCAUCACGGGCGCGAAAACGGGCGAGUUUACUUUGUGGCAGGGCUUGACUUUCAACUUUGAAACUAUCCUUCAAGCUCAUGACGCGGAACUGCGCAGCAUCAUAUGGAGCCAUGACGAAAAUUGGAUGCUGUCCGGCGACCAGAAGGGUAUUGUCAAGUACUGGCAGUCCAACAUGAAUAAUCUCAAGGCAUUCCGCGCCCAUGACGACACUAUCCGAGAUCUCUCGUUUUCGAGGACGGAUUCUAAGUUUGCCUCAUGUUCGGAUGAUAACAAUGUCAAGGUAUGGGACUUUGUGACCUCCAAGUCGGAACGCGUUUUGGAAGGACAUGGUUGGGAUGUACGGUGUGUCGACUGGCACCCAACUUUCCCGCUUCUUGCGUCGGGAUCUAAAGAUUCAAACCUUAAAAUAUGGGAUGCGAAAAGUGGACAGAACCUCACUACUUUGCAUGGGCACAAGAAAACAAUAGUCAAGGUAAAAUGGAAUCGAAACGGCAACUGGUUGAUUUCUGGUUCUCAGGAUCACCUUAUUAAGAUCUACGACAUCCGCAUGAUGAAGGAAUUUCAAAUAUUCCGCGGUCACAACCGUGAAGUCACCUCAAUGGAAUGGCAUCCUCAGCAUGAUGAUUUCUUUGUAUCAGGUGCGUAUGAUGGCGCGAUCUAUUUCUGGGUCGUUGGUCAGACAGAUCCUGUCGCAACUAUCGCUUGCGCCCACCAGUCGUCCGUAUGGGACUUAGAUUGGCAUCCCAUGGGCCACAUUUUAGCAACGUCUUCGAAUGAUCAGGCGACCAAGUUUUGGACACGCCAAAGACCAGGAGAUCAAAUGAAUGAUAAGUAUAGCUCGGCUAAUAGCCAUCAAGAUGAUAGCAAUGAAAGAUCAGGGAGGAGUGGUGGUCGUGGUAUGCGGGGUAGGCAACGGAACAAUUAUGGACAGGGCGAUUACAAUCCCAGGGAUCGUUCUGGUGGCGGAUACAUGCGCGGGAAAUAA